UGUCGUUGUUGUUGUAAGUAGUUACGAAUUUGAUUAUGUAAAGUGAAUGUGAAUCAAGUAAAAAAAGUAAUGUUUUCGAUAAUUGGAAGUGCGUGGAUAAUGGUGAGCUUGAGCGCUUGACGCUAAUUGUCAUUUAUGGGUCGUUACGGUGGAACGCGUUAUCGGUAUUCGAUGAUCUGUGGAGGUCGUCUUCGGAUUGUAGUGGUGGCUAAUGAAUAUGGAACGACGGUGGUGCUUCUCAGGUGAUGGUGAAGGUAUAUAGAUUCUUGUGUUUCGAAGAGGUGAAAGCGUGUUGCGCGCACACUCAUCCGCCCCAUACGCUCCUGCCGCCGCCGCCAACUACAGCAGUCAGUCAGUCCGUAACGUCGGAUAGAAACGACGCGUUCUCGAGUCUCCUCAAAACAUAGAGAGAGAAAGAUAGGAGGAGAGUAGUUGUAGUAUAGUAAUAGUUUUGUGGAGAGGAUCAGAUCUCGCUCGGAUAUCUCCGUGUGAUGUAGCUGCUGCGGCAAGGAAGGAAGGUCAUUGUAUCCCGCGAUCUAUUGGACACACAACUCGAUAUUCUCUCUAUAUCUCUCCUAAAAAAAUUAGUUUCCAUACCAAUAGCUUUUGUUUCAAUAAAAAUUGUUAUUGUUGUUACCAUGGAAUCGGACGCCCAGACCAUCUCGGUGAAAUGGUUUAGGGUCGGCUUGGAGAUCUGCAUUCUACUUGCAUUGGGACUUCCGAUCUUGCUGCUCUUCGUGACAGUGGAACCUUUCCACAGGGGCUUCUACUGCGACGACGAGAGUCUUCGACAUCCGUACAAGGAUUCGACCGUUCCCAGCAUCUACCUCUACAUCGUCGGAUUCGGCCUGAACUUAAUCGCUGUAAGUUACAUUCCCUCUCAUUCAUCUGUCACAAUUUGACACGUUAAGUUGUCA